CGUCGCUCAUUUUCAAAUUCAAUACCCCUCACUUUUCUCGAAUUUCCUCCUGUAUCCCCUUCCAUGGCGACUGCGACUAAGCAGAAAGAUAUCAUCUUCAGAUCGAAACUCCCCGACAUCUACAUCCCGAACCAUCUCCCCUUGCAUUCUUACUGUUUCCAGAACAUUUCUCAGUUCAGCACUCGGCCAUGUCUGAUCAAUGGCUCGACGGACGACGUCUACACGUACGAGGAAGUGGAGUUGGUUUCAAGAAGAGUGGCGGCGGGGCUGAGCAAACUCGGCAUCCGCAAGGGCGACACCAUCAUGAUCCUCCUCCCUAACUCGCCGGAAUUCGUCUUCGCCUUCCUCGGUGCGUCGUACAUCGGCGCAGUCUCGACGACGGCGAACCCCUUCUUCACCCCGGCCGAGGUCGCCAAGCAGGCCAAGGCCUCGAUUGCGAAACUCAUCAUAACGCAAGCGUGCUACGUCGAGAAAGUCCGGGAAUACGGGCGGGAGAACGGCGUGAAGGUAGUUUGCGUCGACACGCCGCCGGCUGGUUCGGGUUGCUUGGAAUUCUCCCAGCUGACUUCCGCCGACAAGAAAGAAAUGCCGGCGGUAGAGAUCAAACCGGAGGACACGGUGGCCCUGCCGUACUCCUCCGGGACGACGGGGCUGCCCAAGGGGGUGAUGCUGACGCACAAGGGGCUCGUCACCAACGUGGCCCAGCACGUUGAUGGGGAAAACCCGAAUUUGUAUAUCCACAGCGAGGAUGUGGUGCUCUGCCUUCUGCCUCUGUUUCAUAUUUACUCGCUAUCCGUUAUGCUGUGCGGGCUGCGGGUCGGAGCCGCCAUCCUCAUCAUGCAGAAGUUCGAUAUCGUUCCGUUGUUGGAGCUGAUACAGAAGUACAAAGUGACGAUCGGGCCCUUCGUGCCGCCGAUCGUUCUGGACAUUGCAAAGAGCCCGGUGGUGGGAAAAUACGACCUUUCAUCUGUACGGACGGUGAUGUCCGGGGCGGCGCCGCUGGGGAAGGAGCUGGAGGACGCUGUGCGAAUUAAGUUUCCUAAUGCUAAGCUCGGUCAGGGUUAUGGAAUGACAGAGGCUGGGGCGGUGUUGGCAAUGUGUUUGGCAUUCGCAAAGGAACCAUUCGAGAUCAAAUCAGGUGCGUGCGGGACCGUGGUAAGGAAUGCUGAGAUGAAAAUCCUGGACCCCGAAACUGGUGCUUCCCUGCCCCGCAAUCAGCCUGGAGAAAUUUGCAUCAGAGGCGAUCAGAUCAUGAAAGGUUAUCUGAACGAUCCGGAGGCGACGGAGAGGACGAUCGACAAAGAAGGGUGGUUGCAUACAGGCGAUAUAGGGUUCAUUGACGAUGAUGAUGAGCUCUUCAUCGUUGAUCGUCUGAAGGAAAUAAUCAAGUACAAGGGGUUUCAGGUUGCUCCCGCUGAACUGGAGGCCCUCCUCCUCAAUCAUCCCUACAUCGCGGAUGCUGCAGUCGUGCCCAUGAAAGAUGAGAUGAAACAUGAGAAAACAGGAGAAGUGCCGGUUGCCUUUGUAGUGAAAUCAAAGGGAUCAACGAUGAGUGAGGAUGAGAUCAAGGAGUUCAUCUCCAAACAGGUGAUCUUCUACAAGAGAAUAAAGCGUGUGUUUUUCAUGGAAGCCAUUCCCAAGUCUCCAUCAGGCAAAAUACUGAGGAAGGAUUUGAGAGCAAGAUUACCAGCUUUUUCCAAUUAAUUAUAUUAUUUUAUAUUAUAUUAUUCCAACCAUAUAAUUAUAUUAAAAAUAUGCCUACAAACUCGAUUUCUAUUUGUUAAUUAAUUACUUAUAUAUUUGAAAUCAAUUAAGGACAA